UAAUUAUAAUAAAAUGGAUUCCACAAAAUACAAAAUAGCAUUAUUUUACGAGGAUUUCUCAUAAUUUUUUCACUUCCGGGCGCAGUAAUACGUAUGUUUUGAAGUAGCUCGAAGAAUUUGACAGUCAAAGUGAAUUGAGAAGAAAACAGUUAGAUAUCAGAAUGAACACAAUACAAGCUCUCAAGACAAAUGGAAGGAACCAACCCUACCAUGUACCACUUAGGGCAACUGUUGUAAAACAAGGCCAAACAAGAAACUACCAGCUAGAUGGAAAAAGCAAAUCCACCACCAAAAUUGGCCUUGCCGAUGUUACUGGAGCCAUGCUGGCUCUUUGUUAUGAUGAAGGAAAAGUUACCAUGAUGAAAGAGGGCAACCAAAUAAUGAUGAGAAACUACAUUUACAGGGACAAUACCAUCAUUAUAACCAACCAAACAAAGCUAUCAAGGACAUCGGCAAUGGGUAGUAUACCUACUGGAUACCUGACGACAGCAAAGACCCUGAUAGAGGACGUAGAUAGUCCAACUAUGAUGAUAAAUGCUGCCAAAACAGCAGGAUUAUGCCAGGCUGUUUGUAUAAUAGCAAAAGUGGUUAAGGAAGAAGCUACUACUCAGAAAACACUAUCCAAAACUCAAGAAAAGGUCGACUACAAGGCCAUUACCCUUAAAGAUGACAGUGGUGAAAUCAAACUGUCACUUUGGAGACAGCAUGCCAGUCUUGCCCUUUCAGUUGGGGAGUUUUACUAUGUAGCAAAUGUAAAAACUCAUGUGUUCAACAAUGAAAUGUCACUGAACAACACAUACAACACUAAAAUAGAGAUUAGAGAAGCACCAGUAAGAAGUAUUAAUGUAAUAAUAGAUGGUUAUUACAUGGAAGUCAAUCAUAUAGUGUUGGUAUGUAAUAUACCAGGAACAGAAGAAUACAAAGAUUAUAAAAUUGAAGAAGACCUGAUGUCAUCCAUUGUUGGUGAUGGCGAAGAGGUAGACACUGUCCUACCCCCACUACUACCUCUGUCUGUUAUGAUAGAGGUAAAAGGAAAUGACAGUGAAAUACUGACAAUUAAUAUAUGUUAAAUUACAGAAUUUAGUACAGCUGCUGUUUGACAGUGUUCUCCCCAGAUAUAUUUAUAAAGGGCAUACAAUAUAGUUUUCAAAUAGCAUUAAUUUUUUGUCUGAUUUAAUCAAAUAUGUAACAAAAAAUAUAUAUCAACUUUAAUAAAUAUCAACAUGGGCUGUCUAUAUAUCAAUAUGAAAAGAAAUAUGCACUAUUUGCAAUAUACAGUUUAUAAAAUUUGGUCCACAUAAUCCGCCUGCAAAAUGAAACAAAAUGUCAUUUUAAAAAUAGGGGUCCAUGCACUUGCUAUCAAAUUAAAUUAGUUUAAUUGAUAAGAAUCGGUAGAAAAAUGCAUCUUUUCCCGAUAUGUCACAAUUAGACAUCUCUAAAACAACAUCUUACGUUAGAAACAUCAUUACCACCCUUGUUAGCACCAUGGUUAAUGUACUAUCUUUUUCUUAAAGAAUUAAAGAAUCCCAUCCAUAUAAUAAUCUGUAAGAAAAGUACUUAAGAUAGCAUCACAUUUUACAAUAGAGCAUCAAAUUUCAAUGAAGGUUCUGGGGAGAACACUAGCUUUUUUACCAACAUAUAUUAUAAAUAUUAUCUGCCCAUGCAAACUUGGUUGUGAUAUGACAUAGUAUACCUUGUAUAUUUUCCAACAUAUAUUAUAAAUAUUAUCUGCCAAUGUAAACUUGGUUGUGAUAUGACAUAGUAUACCUUGUAUACAAAUACAUGAUUAUAUGAAUGAAUAUUGUUACUUGGUGCAAAUAUCUAUGGAUAAUCUGUUAACAUAAAGUUAUAAAUUUUACAUAGGUUAUGAGUCUUUAUCAAAGGUUAUCCUGAAAAAUAUAAACGAUAGCAUGACAAGCUUAUAUAUAUUACAUAUCAUACUGAUAACUAUUAUUUAUUGCUUGUUCAGUCUCAGGCACUCCAAACUAACUUCCAAUGAUGAUGUGGGAUGGGAUGUAAAAAUAAUGCAAAUAUUAAACUUUCCAACAGUAUUAGAUUUAAAGAUAUGUCCAAAGAGUACAAUCUUGAUAGUAACUUAACUGGAUAAGUCAAAUAUUAUUGUUGAUUUAUAUAUGUAUAUAUGUUGAAAUUAUUAUGUAGUUUUUAGAAGAUAUUUUUACUUUGUGAUGCAUUUUUAUGAAGUCUUCAGAAGAUAUUGUUACUUUGAUACAUUUUUAUGAAGUUUUUAGAAGAUAUUGUUACUUUGUAAUUUAUAUUUAUGAAGUUUUUAGAAGAUAUUUUUACUUUGUGAUGCAUAUGUACAUCACUAUGAUGUCCAUUGUUCAUGUUGUUACUGAAGAUAUUUAGAGAUAUGGCUAGAUGCUUGCCUAUUGCUUUACACACACACAGUUAUCAUAUGUAUGUAUAUGUUGAAAUAACUAAAGUUCUAAGAAAUUUAUAAUAUUUGGUGCUACAUAUGUGCAUUUAAAGGAUGCAACAUAGAUACAUAGAGCUUUAGCAAGUAAUAUUUCUAAAUGUAUGAUAAACUAUCGUUAACUUUUUCUUAUAUGUAUAUAUGUUGACAUAUUUAUGUAGUUGUUAGAAGAAUUUCACUGUGAGAUUCAUAUAUGCAUCAUAAUGAUGCACUAUUGUUACUAUAGACACCAUGAGAUAUGACUAGAUACUAAACUUUAUUUACACACAUUUAGUUGUCAUGUGUAUGUAUAUGUUGAACUAAUCUAAGUUAUAAGACAAUCUAUUAUAUAUUGCAACUAUAAAAUGCUUAAGUUUUUUAUGAAACAUGAAGCUUCAGAAAGACAAUCGUUAACUUACAUAUUUCCUUAUAAAUGUUGAAAUUUUUAUGUACUUCUUACAACUAAUGUAUAUAUAAGAAGAUUAUUACCUUAUGAUAUACAAAAUAGUAUAAUAACAAAACACAUAUAUCCAUAUAAAUUAUCUUUACAAAAAAAGACAAGUCAUAUGUAUCAUAAACUAUGUAUACAACUACAAUAAUAUUCACUACCUGGAAUAUAAAUUAUUUAUAACACAACUUCGUCAUAUAACUGAAAACAUAUAUUAUACAAAACCAAGAGUUACAAAAAGUAUACCAAAUAAUUAUGAUAUACAGAUCUCAAACCCAAUACAGUCAAUACAUAAUUAUAUAUCACAUAUAAUAAACACCAAUAUAAGCAGAACAUUAGAAUAAUAUGAUUUGAAAAAAUAAAUACCCCAGGUUGGGUCCAACAAAUCAAAAUACAUACAUGUAUAUAUGAAAAUAAAAUUAUUAUAUAUACACUAACAUCUAUUGCCAGGUGGAGAGCAACUACAAAAUAAAACCUAAUAUGUAAUACAUGUACUAACAUUUGUUGCCAGGUGGAGAGCAACUACAAAAUAAAACCUAAUAUGUAAUACAUGUACUAACAUUUGUUGCCAGGUGGAGAGCAACUACAAAAUAAAACCUAAUAUGUAAUACAUGUACUAACAUUUGUUGCCAGGUGGAGAGCAACUACAAAAUAAAACCUAAUAUGUAAUACAUGUACUAACAUUUGUUGCCAGGUGGAGAGCAACUACAAAAUAAAACCUAAUAUGUAAUACAUGUACUAACAUUUGUUGCCAGGUGGAGAGCAACUACAAAAUAAAACCUAAUAUGUAAUACAUGUACUAACAUUUGUUGCCAGGUGGAGAGCAACUACAAAAUAAAACCUAAUAUGUAAUACAUGUACUAACAUUUGU